AGGCUAAGGGUCACUUUUUUUUCGUUCGUCAUUCCCCCUUCGUACGUCGCCCCCCUCCCCCGUCGUACGUCGCCCUCCCACCUUCGUCUCACCCGCACCCCUCGCUCCGAUCCACACGCCCCCUCCGUUCGAUGCACUGCCCCUCGCUCCGAUCCGCCGCCCUCGCGCCACUCCUUUCCCAUCGCGCCGCUGCCUCCCCAGACGCGGCCGCCGCUGCCGCCUCACUCCUCCGCCCACGCACCCCUGCCUCCCCGUCGCCGCACCCCUCCUUUCCCAUCGCGCCGCUGCCUCCCCCGACACCGCACUACUACUACUCCUCGAAGCGCCGUCCCUGCCGCAGUCAAUCUCUAUCCAGGGGAAGGGGCUCCUGGAUCUGCGAGUUCGCGGCGCGCGCCCCUCGUCUGACACAUCCAUCCGAGAGGACCUCCUCUUCGCGAAAGGGGUCGUCAUCGCCAUGCCCCACCGCUCGUCCGGCGCCUCAAUGCAGCCUUCAUGGGCCGACCUCACUGUUCCCCACCGCCGGACCAUGCAUACUCGCCUGCCGCGCGCCUUCCUCGCAGCCCGAACCGUCCCCGCUGCAUGGAUCUACGCCCGCGUCAGGACGACACCCCGGUGGAAAUCGGCGUUCCCGUCGCGCCCGAUGCCGCAACGUCGACUGCUUCGAGAAGCUCGAGCAGAUCGGGGAGGGCACCUACCGGCAAGUAUUCUUGGCGAAGGAGACCGAGAGGAAGGAAAUGUGGCAGUCAAGAAGAUUCGCAUGGACAACGAGCGAGAGGGCUUCCCUAUCACAGGCAUCCAGGAGUUUAAAAUCCUCAAGAAGCUGCACCACCAGAACGUGAUCAACUGGUCAAUCUCAAAGAGAUCGUCACCUCGCCAGGGCCAGAGGGAGAUGAGCAGGGGAAGCACAUGCAUUGUUGGCCAAGAUAGAUGGGAGCGGCAAGGCACACAUCAUUCUGUGCCGCGCCACGUGCUGAUGGGCCUUCCAGAGGUUGUCUAGGCAGGGUCCUUGCAGUCCCGCCCCAGCAGCGACUCCUACGACAUCGUCGUCGACAAGAUGGAGAAUCGGCAUUGUCUGGAGCAAAGACAUGAACAUGAGGGUCUUCCCCGUGUACGUGGUGAGCUUCAAGUGCCAAACACUUGGAAAAGGUUGGUUCUCUCACACAGUUCGAAAUUCCCCUCAUCAUUACAAUUGAAUCAUGGUGUCAAAAUUUGAUGUUGCAUGUACAUGACUUGGCAAGUGCUUGUUUAUCUAAGGUCUACACCAUGAAGGACCUUUUCUAGCCAGAAGAAAAUCUGUAUGCAAUGUAGCCUGAGCAUUGAUUUACUUUGAUUCAGUGUCUUUGCUCUAGCGUGCCCUGAUCAUCAUGCUGCCUAGAUCUGCUGUAGUUCUUAUUUUUCUCUUUGAAAUAUCUCCUUUUGGUGCUUUGUGUUUCUUUACAUUAGCAAGCACUUGGAUUCUUCUACUCUUAUAUUAGCAUCAUACUGCUCUUGUUGGCUUUACUUUCUGCCAGUGCUUGUUGAAUUUGAAAAGUCAGUUCAGUUAACACGUGUCCAUUUUCUUUAACACUUUUAUUAAUAUAGAUAACUAAAACCACAUUGUUGUAUAUAUUGAGCCCAAUUGGCUUUUGGUUCUAAUCAAUUCACUGAAAAUCUGAAAAUGAUUCAUAUUUCAGGUCCAUAUAAUUUCAAAGGGCUUAGAAAAUAAUAGUCUACUGUGAAACCCUUGAAUAUUGCUAGCUGUGAAACUAAACAAUUGCAAGGCUAGGCUGAGGAGGAUGGUUUUUUCUCUAAAUGGAGUUGCUUUAUGGUGAUGAUUUAAUUUCUUUUGUCAGAACACUUUCAUCCUGGUUCUUACCAAGAGUUUCAUUGUUUCUGUACUGCAGGUAAAGAUUCAGGAAUUAGAUUACCCUUCUCUCCAUUGUUGUCAUACUGUUCCUUUUUGGUCAUCUACAGGAGUGGAGUUUGUCAGGGUCGGGCCUAAUCCCAAGUUUGUCCCAGUUGCUGGACUGGUAUUGGCUUUCCUUCAUGACAACGUCCCUUUUUCUUCAAGGCAUUGUUGUGGUCACUGCUCCAGUUUCCUGUAAAAUGAUGAACCUCAUUUUGCAGUUCCAAGAACAGCAAGUCUCCAGGUAGGCAAUGCAAUCACCGACAACUACAAUGACAUCGGCUUUGGGCGCAGUUGAGUAUUGGUGAGGAAAUGGAUUGCUCAUACUUCAUACUGCUACCGCUGUCCUCAACGCCCCUGCAACUCCGUGCGCUGACGGAGUACCUGUUUGGCUCCAGAAACAGAUGGGUAUGCUAGCAACCAUUGAAGGUUCAUACUUAAUACUGCUACCUGAUAUAUCCUCCUUCCUACUGCUACAUACUGUAAUUCUAAUUCUUGGCAAAAAAAAUGUUUUAUUAUAUGGCAAAAAUCAUGACAAUGGUUAUUGUUGGUGAUGUUA